UUUUAUAGAAUGGUUAAAGAUUGAUAAGGAACUUAAAACUGCUUCUCACAAAAAGCGUCAGUCUCUCCAAAUCCUUGACAGCACCUGUUCCAACGAAGUACAGCUAUGGAGUGUGACUGUUAGAAUUUUUGCCUCAUUCCUAGCCCGAGGAGUUGCUGCUGCCCAAGCCUUGAAGCAGAUCGAACGUCUUACUUGUUGGACUGUUAAACAGAGCAAUCAUACUUCAGAGAUCCUUGAAGAAAUGUUAGAAGAUAUGAACAGCCUUCGCCAUGCAGUUCUGCAGAAUCGAGCUGCUAUAGACUUUCUUUUACUUGCUCAAGGGCAUGGCUGUAAAGAAUUUGAUGGAAUGUGUUGUUUUAAUCUUUCUGAUCAUAGCGAAUCGAUUCAAAAACAAAUUCAUUGGUUGUUUAAUCACACUCGAUCCAUUACUAGGGAUCAUAAUCCGAUUGAUGAUUGGUUGCAUUCUGUGUUUCCAGGUCUUGCUCCUUGGAUAUAUGAUAUCAUUAAGGAAGGUGUUAAAUGGGUUUUAAUUAUUAUCCUACUUGUGAUAGUUGCUAGAAUAUUGUAUAGUUGUUUGCUGCGUGCUACCGUGCCAAAAACUGCACUUGUUGUGACUGACAACAAGGAUCAGGACAUUAUCCAUGAUUGGCUACAAGAUCAAGGGGGGCACAAUCCAAAGGAUUGCUUUGCCCUGCAACCAUAAAAGAAAAAGGGGGGAAUUGUUGCAGAGCAGUGUGCCCGGGAGCACGUAGCCACCGUAGCUAAUGAUUCACUAAUGACUUACAAUGUAAUCCUAGAUGAAAGAAAUAGAUUGAUAAGUACAGGUGCAGGUGCAGUGGUGUGUGUAGUACGCUGCAGUUUAGCAGGGUGUUCUGUGCUCGAAAAUUGCUAGGGAAACACCAUUGUUCUUUGAUACGCUCGGUUGCAUGAAACUUGGAUUCUGUAAACAGGUAUACUAUAUAAGAUGGUUUGUUGCUACAAUAAAGUUGAAGCUGCAUGAACUCA